AUGAAUUCAUUUAAAUUUAACGAGAAUCAAAUUAAAGUUAUUAAAGCACUUAGUGGAACUUUAAUAGCAGAAUUGGAUGAUUUAGAGACAGAAGCUCUUCUAAAAACAAAAGCUACUGUAAUAAAAAAACAUCCCUCUAAAGUUAUCGAAUUUUCUAAAUUUGAUUUAUCUGACAACAAAAAAUUUAUAGAAAUUUUUACCGAUAAACUUGUAGAAUGUUUACCAGAAGAUAAAUUAGUUAAAAUUAAUUUGGUUCUUAAUCUUUUUACGAACAGUUCAACUUCCUUAUUAUUAACAGGUUACUUUAAACCAUUUUAUGAACUUGAUAGAAAACAACGUGAAGCUGUUUUACAAAAAUGGUCUAAAAGCUUUAAGUUUUAUAGAAAUUUAUUUGCAAUUUUAUCUAUUUUGAUCAAUGUUAUUUAUUGGACAAAUUUUGAUAAUUAUUUUGAAACUAUCGGAUACCCUGGUCCUGAUCCUGAAGCUAAUGGUGAAAAAUUUACUUCGAAAAUCAAUUUAUUUCCUACUUACGAGUUUAUUCAUGUUCCACCUGAAGGAUUAGUGUUACAUUUUGAUGUAGUGGUUGUUGGUUCUGGUGCUGGAGGUGGUGUAGUUUCUGCUCUACUAGCAAAAGCUGGCUAUAGCGUCCUUGUUGUUGAAAAAGGAAACCAUUAUCAUCAAAAUGAUUUAUCUUUGAAACAAGCUGAAUCUUUUAAUAAUUUAUAUGAAAAUGGUGGUUUGUUAUUUAACGAGGAUAAUAGCUUGGGCAUUCAUUCGGGUUCAACAUUUGGUGGUGGUACUACUAUCAAUUAUUGUGCUAGUUUAAAGCCACAACACUUUUUAAGAGAGGAGUGGGCUGCACAAGGAUUAACUUAUUUCCUCAGUGAUGAUUUUAAUAAAUCAAUUGAGGCUGUCGAAAAACGAAUGGGUGUUUCUUCUGAUGCUAUUAUUCACAAUGAAAGUAAUAAAAUUCUUAUAGAAGGUUGUAAAAGACUCGGUUAUCAUUACAAAGAUGUACCUCAAAAUACUGCUGGGUCUCAUCAUCAAUGUGGUUGGUGCACAUUCGGUUGUAAAUAUGGUGAAAAGCAAGGAAGUUUGAUGACAUGGUUAAAAGAUGCUAGAGACGCUGGUGCUAAAUUUGUUGUUGAUUGUUAUGUUGAAAACAUUUUGAUCGAAAAUAGAAAGGCUGUAGGUAUAAGGGCUAUUGUUAAUGGGAAUCGGGCAUUAGUAGUACAUUCGAAAAAAGUUAUUGUUUCUUGUGGUGCAAUUAAUAGUCCUGUUUUGUUGAAGAGAAGUGGGCUCAGGAAUACAAAUAUUGGCAAAAAUUUGUAUCUUCAUCCGCUUACUAUGGUGUCUGGUUUUUUUUCAGAUAGAGAAGUUAUUCCUUAUUCAGGAUCUAUUAUGACUUCGGUAUCUGAAGUUGUUGAAAAUAUAGACGGUGACUAUUAUGGAUCAAAAAUUGAAAUUGCUACAUUUCAUCCUCUUUAUCUGGUUGCAUUCUUACCCUGGAAAUCUGCACUUCAUCAUAAACAACGAAUGCUUCAAAUAAAUCAUCUUGUCCCAAUGUUAAUCAUUAGUCGUGACAAAGAUCCUGGUAGGAUUGCCAUAGAUUCAUGUGGGAGACCUAGAAUUCAUUAUUCAAUUAGUAAUCAUGAUUCAAAGAGUGUUAUCGAAGGAAUGAUUGCUGGAAUUAAUAUUCUUGUGGCUGCAGGUGCAAAAACAGUUAUGACAGGACAAUCAGCUAUUGAAGAAUUUGAACCUGCUGAAAAAGAUCCAUUUAAUGAUCCAAGAUAUAAACAAUAUAUUGAGAAUAUAAGAAAGAUUGGUGUAGAAGAUAGUGCAUCAAGUAUUGGAAGUGCACAUCAAAUGGGAACAUGCAAAAUGGGUAUUAAUCCAAAGACAUCGGUUGUUAAUCCCAAAGGUAAAGUAUGGGAAGUAGAUAACCUUUAUGUUGCUGAUGCAAGUGUAUUACCAACUUCUACUGGCGUCAAUCCUAUG